AUGAAAUAUUCAAAACAAAAGGUACUUUUUGAGUUACAAAAUAGAUUGAUCGAAGACAAUCGAAAGCUUGUUUUAGUAAAGACUCAAAUAUCAACGAAGGAACGGGAUAAACGUUUAGCUGAACUGACAAAACGAGAAUUAUCAGCUUUAGACAAGGAUACUAGAACUUAUAAAUCUGUUGGCAAAGCAUUUUUCAAAACAGAUUUAUCAUUAUUGAUGACGGAACUUGAUACACGUGUUACAAAAGCCGAAACUGACCUAAAGACUUUGGAUAAAACUAAACAACAUCUAGAAAGGAAUAUUAAUGAGUCUCAAAACGCUUUAAGAGAAAUUACUUAUAUUCGUGGUUGA